UAACCUAAACUCCAAAAUUCCAAAAUUCCAUUACAGUCCCCACCCUCUCUCUCUCUCUCUCUCUCUCUCUCUCUAACGUGUGGCUGCACAGGUCUCGUUCAGAACUGUGAGAUUGUUCAGAACUACUACUGCACAAUCUCCAAACUCCCUCGCUCCACUUCUCCCAGAUCGAGGAAGAUGAGCGUGGUGGGUUUCGAUUUCGGUAACGAGAGCUGCAUUGUUGCAGUUGCCAGGCAGAGAGGGAUUGAUGUUGUGCUCAAUGACGAGUCCAAGCGCGAAACUCCUGCUAUCGUCUGCUUUGGCGACAAGCAACGAUUCAUCGGCACUGCUGGUGCUGCAACCACCAUGAUGAACCCCAAGAAUUCCAUCUCACAGAUGAAGAGACUGAUUGGAAUACAGUUUUCAGAUCCUCAGCUGCAGAGGGAUCUCAAAUCACUGCCUUUUUUAGUCACCGAAGGACCGGACGGGUACCCUUUGAUUCACGCGCGGUAUUUGGGUGAAACUAGGACGUUUACGCCUACCCAGGUGUUUGCGAUGAUGUUGUCGAAUCUUAAGGAAAUUGCCCAGAAGAAUCUGAAUGGGGCUGCGGUUGUUGAUUGCUGCAUUGGAAUCCCGAUUUAUUUUACGGAUCUUCAGAGGAGGGCUGUGUUGGAUGCGGCCACGAUUGCUGGUUUGCACCCGCUUCACUUGAUUCAUGAGACGACUGCGACUGCUUUGGCCUAUGGGCUUUACAAAACGGAUCUUUCUGAGACUGACCAGCUGAACGUCGCCUUUGUCGAUAUUGGACAUGCUAGCAUGCAAGUGUGCAUUGCCGGAUUCAAGAAGGGGCAGCUGAAAGUGUUGGCUCAUUCGUACGAUAGGUCCCUUGGUGGUAGAGAUUUUGACGAGGCUUUGUUCGAUCACUUUGUUGCGAAAUUCAAGGACGAGUACAAGAUUGAUGUGUUGCAGAAUGCUAGAGCCUGUUUAAGGCUCAGGGCUGCUUGUGAGAAGCUGAAGAAGAUGCUUAGUGCAAAUUCUGAGGCGCCUCUGAACAUUGAGUGCUUGAUGGAGGAGAAGGAUGUCAGGGGCUUCAUCAAGCGUGAUGAGUUUGAGCAAUUGAGUCUUCCAAUCUUGGAGCGUGUGAAGGGACCUUUGGAGAAGGCUCUUGCUGAAGCAGAUCUUGCGGUUGACGAUGUUCACAUGGUUGAGGUCGUCGGUUCAGGUUCUCGUGUGCCAGCUAUAAACAAAAUAUUGACAGAGUUUUUCAAAAAGGAGCCUAGGCGGACAAUGAAUGCCAGUGAGUGUGUUGCUAGGGGUUGUGCAUUGCAAUGCGCAAUUCUUAGUCCAACAUUUAAAGUACGAGAAUUUCAGGUCAACGAAAGCCUGCCGUUCUCGAUUUCUCUUUCAUGGAAAGGUUCUAGUCCAGAUGCACAGGACAGUGGACCAAAUAAUCAACAAAGUUCUGUUGUUUUUCCCAAGGGUAAUCCCAUACCAAGUGUCAAGGCUCUGACAUUCUACAGGUCCGGAACAUUUUCCGUUGAUGUACAAUGUGGUGAUGUGAGUGGCCUGCAAUCACCAGCUAGGAUCAGCACAUACACCAUUGGUCCUUUCAGAACUGCACAAAGUGAGAAGGCAAAGGUUAAAGUGAAAGUUCGUUUGAAUCUGCAGGGAAUAGUAUCUGUUGAGUCAGCUACUCUGCUGGAAGAGGAAGAAGUUGAUGUUCAAGUUUCCUCAGAAUCAGCAAGGGAAAAUACUAAGAUGGACACUGAUGAAGCUCCUGCUGAUGCAGCUACACCUCCGACCUCCAAUGACACUGAUGUGAAUAUGCAAGAUGCAAAGGCUAGUCCUGAGACCCCUGGGGUUGAAAACGGCAUCCCUGAGGCUGGGGAUAAGUCUGUGCAAAUUGAUUCUGAUAGUUCCAAGUUUCAGGCUCCAAAGAAAAAGGUUAAGAGAACAAACAUUCCUUUAGCAGAAUUAGUUUAUGGAACAAUGGUACCUAUUGAUAUCCAGAAAGCCUUAGAGAAGGAGUUUGAAAUGGCUUUGCAAGAUCGUGUGAUGGAAGAAACAAAAGACAAGAAAAAUGCAGUUGAGGCUUAUGUUUAUGAUAUGAGAAACAAGCUUAAUGACAAGUACCAAGAGUUUGUCACUGCUUCAGAGCGGGAGGAUUUUACUGCUAAACUUCAGGUUGUGGAAGAUUGGCUAUAUGAGGAGGGUGAAGAUGAAACUAAAGGUGUAUAUGUUGCCAAACUUGAAGAACUAAAAAAGCAAGGUGAUCCAAUCGAAGUGCGUUACAAAGAAUACACGGAGAGGGGUGUAAUAAUUGAUCAGUUCGUCUAUUGUAUAAAUAGUUACAGAGAAGCUGCAAUGUCAAAGGAUCCUAAAUUUGAUCACAUUGAGAUCAAUGAGAAACAGAAGGUCUUAAAUGAGUGUGUUGAAGCUGAGAACUGGCUUAGGGAGAAGAAGCAGCAGCAGGACUCACUUCCAAAAUAUGCCAAUCCUGUACUCUUGUCCGCUGAAAUAAGAAAGAAAGCUGAGGCUGUUGAUAGGUUCUGCAAGCCGAUUAUGACAAAACCAAGGCCAGCCAAGCCAGCUACGCCGCAAACACCACCAACCCCACCUUCUCAGGGUGGUGAGCAGCAGCAACCUCAGGGGGAUGCUAAUGCCAACACUCAUGAGAAUGGAGGGGAUAACGGUAAUCAGGUCCCACCAGCUUCUUCUGAACCAAUGGAGACUGAUAAGCCAGAGAACUCAGGCUCUACCUAAUCUUUUUAUGUUGGUUUGUUCUCAUCUCAAGUUCAUGCUAGACUGGUGGGUAGUGUAUAUGUACUACCUUGUAUGAUAAUCAUAUCAGUUCAGUUUGGCCUGGAAAAAGUUGUUUUGGUUUUGGGCAGGAUCACAGUGAGUGGCUGUCUGGUGUAGAACCCUUUGUUUGUUGGCUGGUUAGUUACUUAAGUUUCAAUCAACAUUAUUAUGAUGGUCUAGAAUCCGGACUUUUUCAAAAAAAGGUUUUGAAGAGAAAAUUAUUAUGUUUGGUCUGUCUUCCCAAAUGCGGUGGGAAUAGGCCAAAUUGACGUUAUCCAAGUUUAUAGAUUAUGUGUAACCAUUUUUAGAUUAUAAAGUUACUUUCCCCUACAAUACCUUAAUUUCAUUUUAUGUGGGAUUUUCA